CGGGUGGGGGCGUCGUCGCUGCUCCGCCCGGCCCCACGGGAUGAGCCGGCGUAGCCGGGACCGGAGGCGACACUCUCAGGUAAAUUGGAGAAAUGUGGAGUGGCAAGUCAAAAGAGGUGCCUUUACCAAACCCCAGGAAUCUUCAUAACAAGGAAACUGUUCGAGCAGAUACAAUGACAUCAUGGGAUACACUUUCUCAGACUAAGGCUGCUCUGAGGCACAUUGAGAACAAAUUAGAAGUAACCCCUACCAGCACAGCUGUGUUUGAUUCUAUCAUGGAUACCAAGAAAUCUUCUGCUAAUGCUACCAGGAAAAUAAGUAGGAAAGAUGGUAGAUAUUUAGAGGAUUGUUUGGGUAUUGCUCCAUCCAACAAGAUAUCCAAGUCACGAAAAGAAAAAUCCUCUCGAAGUCCUCUUCGAGUCACUACCUUAGAGAGCAAUGUGAAGAAGAAUAACCACGUGGAAUUCCGCGAACCCUUAGCUUCAUUUAGGUUAACCUUUAUUGCUCCAUCCACUCUAAGUUCUAGCCAGUCAGAUGUCAAACAUUUGUAUGGUUUGGACCCUACUACAACAGAAGAGACAAUUGUUGGAGGAAGCCGAAUGAUAUAUAAUCGGGAUGACCGGGAUAUACAUUGCCAGGAUUUUGACAGCUCACAGUCUUCUGUUGUAAACGAAACCAUUGUUAGGUAUUUAAAUGAUCGCCCAGCAAUUGAUGCCUUACAGAAUUCAGAAACUUUGUUCCGAGUGAUGGCUCCUAUUAGAACUGAGGAAGAAAAAACUAGUGGGUCUAAAGUAAAUGAGAAGACUUCAGUGGGUAAUGUAAGCCGUGAUGUUGAUAUGAAAGUGUCAAGGCCAAGUGAAUCUUCUCCAUCUUCAAAUAGUACUACCAGUGCCCAAAGAUUAGAUAUCUUAAAGCGGCGACAGCAUGAUUCCAAACUAGAAAAACUCAAGGAGCGAAUUAGAAAACAAUGGGAGAACUCAGAAGAUGUGAGUGGCAGAGGUCAGCAUCUGGGACAUGUUGACCAACCAGUAAUGAUAACCAGUAUCGACAGUGGAGUGACAGCAAAAGUCCGGAAAGUGGCAACAGCACCGCCUGCUCCAGCAUAUAAAGGUUUCAAUCCUGCAGAAACUAAAAUUCGAACCCCUGAUGGAAAGGUGUGGCCUGAAGCAGUGUUUCAUAAUAUGAGUAGAGAUUUAUAUCGAGACCUUGGAUUAUACUUUGGUGGGGAUGUCUCAGUAAAAGAGAAGCUUCCUGAAAAAAGUAAGGAGAAGAAAGCAGUCAGACCAGUUAGAAAAGUACAAAAGGUAACACAGACAUCAAGUCCAGAUUGCAAAUCAGGUGGUGGCCGUAUGAUAAGUACAUCUUCUUGGCGAGAUGGACAAAAGUUAGUAAAGAAGAUUUUGGGUCCAGCUCCCAGAAUAGAACAAAGAGAGCGAAGGACAGAGUCAAGCGAUAGAAAUGGAAAAGAGAAGACUACUAAAUCCGUUGGCCAAAUCGGAAGAGCAGAAUCUGAUCCUAGAUUAGAUGUUUCACAUAAACGGCGUCAUCCACGAAGCACAGAACGUUCACGGAGUAGGGUUCGGCCUGAGAAUAACUUAAAGAAGUUGCCUGCUUCUCUCCCAGAUAGUAAACCAGAGGAAGACACCUUAAAUAAGGACUUUUUGCCAGUUGAAAUUCGUGGAAUUCUUGAUGACCUUCAAUUAGAUUCUGCACCUCAGGCUACAAAACAAGAAGCUGGGGACCGGCAGAAUCAAAAAUCUGUGGUACCAUCCCAAAGUUCUAGGAGUCAUAGCCCUGUUAAAAGAAAACCAGACAAGUUAACAGCUAAUGAAGAUCCUCCUGUUAUUUCUAAAAAAAGGCACUAUGAUACAGAUGAAGUACGCCAAUACAUUGUAAGACAACAAGAGGAGAGGAAGAGGAGGCAGAAUGAAGAGAAGAAGGCUCAAAAAGAGGCAACUGAACAAAAGAACAAACGACUGCAGGAGCUUUACCGGAAACAGAAGGAAGCAUUUAGUAAAGGGAAAAAUGUACCAUCUUCUGAACCUUCAGCAGCCAGAAGGUUACAGGAAACUUACUCUAAAUUGCUGCUAGAACAAGCCUUAUUGGAAGAACCAUCUCAUCAGCUACAUGUUACACAAGAACAACAGGUAAGACCAGGGUACCAACCAUCUGGAGAAUCUGACAAAGAAAACAAAGUACAAGAACGCCCCCCCAGUGCAUCCUCCAGUAGUGAUAUGUCUCUCUCAGAACCUCUACAGCCUCUUGCAAGAAGUGAUUUGGUAGAACCAUCAUGGAUGCAGCCAGACAGACUGAGCCCAAGGACCUAUCCUCCACAACAGCCACUUAUUGAAGCAACUGGAUGUUUACUCUCCCAACUUUUGGACCUAGAGCAUGUGGGGACUUUGCAGAAGGACUUUGAUUCUGUAUUGUCAACCAGGAGAAACCAAGGCGUAGGUACAGGGCCAUGGACUUUGACACCACAACUGUACAUGACCUCAACAGCUACACAGCAAGAUGCCUUGGUAAAACCUAGUCCAAACCAGUAUAGAAGUAAGUUAGACCGAAUUGAAGCCCUAAAAGCAACAGCAGCUUCUUUGUCCAGCAGAAUUGAAAGUGAAGCCAAGAAAUUAGCUGGUGCCAACAUUAACUAUGGAACAACAUGGAACCCUGACUAUGAUGUGCAGCAAGGUCCCCAGGAGGAUGGACAUUGGGCUAAGCCUCUGAGUCCACCUGUGAGAGAGGAUAAUGAAGAUACUUUUUCUGCCAGGAUUCAGAAGAUGCUUGGGACCUGUGUAUCUCAUACAGGCUUUGAUGAUAAUCUUCCUGGAGUGGGAAACCUUAGUGAAUUUAAAAAACUUCCUGAGAUGAUUAGGCCUCAUAGUUCUGUAUCAAACUUUGGUUUACGAUCACCUCAUAAACCAGAAGGAGUAUUAGCACAGUUAAGUAAGAGGCAAACUGAUUCUCCUGCCUCUGACACUCAGGUUUUUGGUCAAGACAAAAUCAAAAUAUCUCAUGAUUCAAGCACAGAUUCAGUUAGUGAAGGGCCUCUUCUCAGUGAGGGAAGCCUUUCUGAAGAAGAAGAGGGCAAAGAUGGACACUCCCCUCUGAAGGUAGUGACAGAAAUCCUUAAGGAAAAGGAAUUCUGUGUUGGGGAAAGAAAUGCUUAUGAACCUAUCAAAGAGUUUCAAAAAGAUGCUGAGAAAUUCUCACCACUUUUUGGACAAGCAGGUGGCACACAAAGCAAAGGAUCAUGGGAAGAACUGGCAAAAGGAAGUCCGCAUAGUGUCAUUAAUAUUUUUGCAAAGUCUUAUCAACUCUAUGGAAAAGGCUUUGAAGACAUGUUGGAUAAAGGGCCACCAGUGUUGCGGCCUUUGCUUCCCAUUACAACCCCUGCAGGCAGUAUUUCAUAUGAAGAUGAUUUUGUAUCCUCUCCAGCAAAUGGAACAUUGACAGAAAAAAAAUCUGCUUAUGAACCUAUUAGCAGUUCGAGCAUUCAGGAAGAGUCUUCUGGUAGGAAAUCCCAACAUUCCGCAGGGACUCAGUCAUCUGUCACCUCAUCUCGUUCAUCCACGUCUUCCAAAGGAAAGAAAGGAAGAAAGGAAAAAAGGGAAUGUUCAGCAUCAUUUGGUGGUGCUCAGAACAUUCUUUGUGAAGAAGAAAGAACUCACUCUAAUUCAGAUCGUGGGUCUCACAAAGGAAAAAAGCCUGUGACUAAUAGCAAAAUUUCUGUUAAUGAUUAUGAGCAGUAUCCUGAUACCGAUAGCACUUUGGAAAAUCUUUCUGGGCAAUCUGUGAGUCUCUCAUCAGAUAAGGGAAGAUCACAAAGAACUCCAACUUCCCCCCUGUCUCCAAGCUCCCAGAAACUUCCACAAUUUGACCUUCCAGCAAACUCUGUGGAGAGGACUAGAUCCCCAGCAGUCUUGCCUCCAACACCACCAUCAGCAUUCAAACCCAAUGCUGCCUUCUCUGACAUAAAUCUAGCAGGUAGUAGGGCAACAGUAGGAACAUCUUCAACCCCAGCUACCAUGCGCUUUUCUCCUGCUGGCCUUCAGCAUCGUAUGACAGCAGAACUUAGCUAUUUAAGUGCCAUUGAGGAGUCUGUGCGCCAGCUGACAGAUGUAGAAAGAGUUCGAGGCAUAUCACUGGCCCAGCAGGAGACUGUCUCCUUGGCUCAGAUCCUAAAGGCACAGCAGCAACGUCAUGAACGAGACCUGGCGCUUUUGAAGUUGAAGGCUGAACAUGAGGCCCUGGAAAGUCAGAGACAGCUGGAAGAGGCCCGACAAAAAGCAGCUCAGGCCCACGCAGAAUCUUUACAGCAGCUGGUUCAGUCACGACAGGAAGCCACUGAAGCACUACAGGAGACAACGUGUAAGAUAGCUGCCCAGCAGGCAGAGGCUGCUCGGCUUACCACUGAUGCUGCACGACAAAUCCGUGAGAUGACAGAACUGGCACGAAACCAGAUAUCAGAUGCUGUCACAGCUUCAGCAGCACCAAUAACAGUUCUUAUUGAUCAUCAGCGGCAACAGCAUUCAGAGUUCAUGAAACAUUUGAGAGCCAGAACUGAUACAGAUAGGAAAAGUGAAUCUGUUGUCCUUUCUCAAAGUAAAGAAGAAACAUCUGACUCAAAGAAUCAAAAAUAUUCUCCUUAUUUUGAUAGUUAUUCAGAAGCCUCAAAAUCUAAGAGUCAUGAUCAGAGAAGCAGUAAUAGCCACCAAGAAAGCCCUUCAGUUCUCUUGUCUAAGGAAAAUGAGAAGAAACCUGCCUCUGAAAAAAUAGAGAGUCCUAUUGAAGAACAAGUUCAUACUGCUGUGGAUGAUUCCCUGCAGAGUGAUAGCAUUCCAUCAUUGCCUGAUGAGAAAGACUCAACUUCUGUUGCAACUGAGUAUUCUCUCAAAUUUGAUGAGUCCAUGACAGAAGAUGAAAUAGAAGAAAAAUCUUUUAGGUCUUUACUACCCUCAGAGAGUCAUCGUCGAUUUAAUAUGGAAAAGAAAAGGGGUCAUCGUGAUGAUUCUGAUGAGGAAGCUUCCCCAGAAAAAACUGCUCUGUCUCCCGUCAAGGAACUGAGUAUGCCAUUCUCAGGAGGGCAAGAUAGUUUCUCUAAGUUCACUAUGGAAAUGGUGCGCCAAUACAUGAAAGAAGAGGAAAUGAGGGCAGCUCAUCAGUCUUCAUUAUUACGACUCCGUGAGAAAGCCCUGAAGGAGAAAGCUAAAGCAGAGCUAGCCUGGCUAGAACACCAGAAAAAACAUCUACGAGACAAAGGAGAAGAUGACAAAAUGCCCCCUCUCCGGAAGAGACAGCGUGGCUUGUUAUUGAAAUUGCAACAGGAAAAGGCAGAAAUUAAGCGUCUUCAAGAAGCCAACAAGGCAGCACGGAAGGAAAGACAACUGAUUCUUAAACAGCAAGAGGAAAUAGAAAGAAUUCGUCAGACCACAAUUAAGCUUCAGGAGAAAUUGAAGUCUGCAGGGGAAAACAAAUUGGAGCCUCGUAGUGAAGAUGAGACAAAGCAAAGUAAGGCAUCUAGUCCGGCUCCAACUGACUUAGAGACUCGAAGUCCUUCCCCUGUCUCUAUUUCUAGCAGUGAGACUAGCAGCAUCAUGCAGAAACUCAAGAAAAUGCGCAGCCGAAUGGAUGAAAAGUUUCUUACUAAACGAGAGCAGAAACUAAUGCAGAGGCGACAACAUGCAGAGGAGCUAUUGGAGUGGAAACGACGUUUAGAUGCAGAGGAAGCAGAGAUUCGUCGAAUGGAAAAACAAGCUUUGGCAGCAUGGGAUAAAGAGCUUAUAAAAUCUAAAACACCCAAGAAAGAUCUAGGGGAUGAGAGAAGAGAGCAAAAAGAAACAGCCAGUGAAGAGGAAUCUCCAGCACCUUCUUGCUCUAAUCUAAACAGUGAAAGUUCUAUCCCAGAAGAAUUAGGCAGUCCAACUGCUGAACCUGUAGCAUCUGAAACCAUAGCUCAAGGGCAACCUGGGAGCCCAAAUCACAGUAUACUUACCGAAGAAAUGGUUUAUUCACAAGAUCUAGAGUUGUCUAUUGCCUCAGCUACCAAACAUUCACCUUCCAAAAGCUGUGCAUCUUUGUCAAAGCAUGAUUCCAGUAAAGGAAGUCACAGAACUGGAGGACAGUCUCGCCUAUCUGGGAAGUCCCAUCAACUCUCUCAGAGUUGGUCAGAUGAGUCAUUAUCUAUGACCCAAUCAGAACCUACUUCUGACCAGAGUGACAUUGAAGGUAGAAUCAGAGCUCUAAAAGAUGAGCUGCGGAAGAGAAAAUCAGUUGUUGAUCAACUGAAAAAGGAACAGAAAAAAAGGCAGAAAGAGAGGCUGAAAGCCCAGGAGGCCAGUCUGAUCAAACAGUUGGAGUCUUAUGAUGAAUUUAUCAAGAAAACAGAAGCAGAAUUAAGUCGAGACUUGGAGACAUCACCAACAGCCAAACCUCAAAUUAAAACUCCCUCCUCAGCUACUGAGAGGCCUAAGAUCAAGCCUCCACCACUUCACAGGCCUGAAGCAACAAAGAACUGGAAAUCACUGACAGAAUCAGAACGGUCAAGAGGAUCCUUAGAGUCUAUUGCUGAACAUCUUGAUGCUUCAGUAUCAGGUUCUGAGAGAGCUUUGUCUGAGAAAUCUUUGUCUACGUCUGCCAAGAGACCUGCUGAUUUGGACAUUCAUGUCGAACAACCUCCAAACGCAUCACCAAACCUUAAAAUAUCAAGGAGAGCCAGAGCAGAAUCUGGAGAUUAUCUGGAAAAUGUGCCUUUAUCAUCUUCUUUCAGAGAUCCAAACACUGACAGAACCUCCAAUAUAUUGGAUAUUCAGUUGGAAGAGUAUAGUCGUAAAUCUGAAAUCCAAGAAGUGGUGGAAUAUGCAAGAUCAGAAGAGAAUGAGAUUGAAGAUACUUAUUCCAAACUCUCUGGGAAAUCUUUUGCCUUGCUGAAGUUAGACCUAGAGCAGGGAGAUUCACCUGAGAUUAUCUCAAAGAAAGAUCUUCCAUUAGACUCUAAAAAUGCUCCAAAAGAUUCACAUAGCCCAGUAGCCAUAGAACAACUUCAAAAAAAAGAGGAAAUGAUGAAAGAGAUACAAAAGGACAUAGAUAAUGUAGAGAAGGAUCCAAGCACAAAAUCAGAACAAGCUACUUAUAGACGAAAGAUUUCAAAAGAACAGGGCUUAUCUUUUUCAGAACAACUUUCAGCUCUUAGAGAGAUGUCCUAUUCAGAUGACUUUGAGGCAUCUUCUCCCAAGAAAGAAAUUUCAGCUGAAGGAACACCUGCUGAAUUAUACAAAGAUGAUUUUGAAUUGUCAUCUAUGUUGUCUCCUAGAAAAGACUCUCAGUCACAGAGGGAAAAAUUACCGCUGACAAAGAAUUCAAGAAGUAAAGCUACCAGCUUUGGUAGUGAUGAUGAAAUCAGUGAAUGUCUUAGUGAGAAAAGUUUGUCUGUUUCUGGAAGUGUCCAUUCUGGGAGACUGUUAGAACUCAGAUCCCCAACAGAACUUAUGAAAAGUAAGGAGCGGAGUGAUGUGGAGAAUGAACCCAGUAUCACUGAGGCGCCAUCAUGGGCCUCUGCUUCUAUUGCUGAAGCUGAUGAGUUGUUUAAUUUCCAUCUUGGUGACAGAGUCCUUGUCAGCAAUGUUCAACCUGGCAUUCUCCGGUUCAAAGGUUUGACAGAGUUUGCGAAAGGAUUUUGGGCUGGAGUAGAGCUGGACAAGCCUGAAGGAAAUAACAAUGGAACUUAUGAUGGCAUUACAUACUUUGAGUGUAAAGAGAAGCAUGGGAUUUUUGCUCCCCCUCAGAAAAUCUCUCACAUUCCAGAAAAUUUUGAUAACAUUGUAGAUGAAAAUGAAGAUGCUUUCUCUAAUAAACAAUAUAAUCAGCAUCAAAAAGAAGAACAGAAAGACACAGAGAGUCCUGAGUCUAAUAGGGAAAAAGAUUCAAUUGGAAAUUUCCAGGAGAAAUCUCCAGUUAGCAUACACAUAGUAGAAACCUCAGUGGAGAAAAGCAAUAAGACUGAAUCCAUAUCUAAAGUCGAUCAUACACAGGCAAGUUCUGUGGCUACUGAAUCGAUUGCUGAAGAGCAAUCUUUAGUAGAUUCUCUAGUUUCUUCCACAAAAGAUGAGAAUGCGAUUUCCCUUUUUGUUUCUGGUGCCAUAGAAAAAGUUAUUACUUUUGUAUUGGAAGAUACUUUAGAUAUUGCCCUUUCUGAAGAACUGAAAAAGCAACAAGAAUAUUGGACACAAGAAUUGCCUGAAAAUAAAGAUAACUUAUCUCCACAAGUUUUGGAAAAGCCUUCAACCCCCCUCCUGGACCUUUUAACUAAAGAAAAAAACCAAUUGGAAGCUCAGUUGAGGUCAUCACUUAGUGUGGAAGAGAAAUCCAAAAAACUGGAAACUGUCAGCUUGCUGACAGAUAGUCUGCUAAAAACCUUUGUGAAGGAUACAGUGGAUCAGUUGCAACAAAUUAAGAAAGUUAAGAAUGAAAAAAUCCAACUUAGCAACCAGGAGCUCCAGGAUGAUGACCAAGAGAAAGUGUUUUCCAAAGUCCCAUCUAAUUAUCUUGAGGAACAAUCACCUAGUAGUCUGCCAAGUGUAUUUUUAAAGGUUGAAGCAGAAGAUGAAAGAGAAGAAGUUUCCUCUCCUGAUAUGUGCCCCAGACCAGAGAGCCCAGUGUUUGGUGCCAGUGGGCAGGAAGAACUUGCUAAGAGGCUUGCAGAGCUUGAACUCAGCCGGGAAUUCCUGAGUGCGUUGGGAGAUGACCAGGACUGGUUUGAUGAAGACUUUGGCUUAAGUACCUCCCACCAGGUCCAGCAAAAUAAGGCAGAAGAGCAAAUUGUGCCACCAAUGGCAGAGUCAAAAAAAGUACCUCCAAAGCCAUGUGAGACAUUAUUAGCUGUUCCACACACUGCAGAAGAGGUAGAAGUACUAGUCCAUGCCGCAGCUGAGGAACUUUGGAAACGGAAAGAGAUGGGCCAUGAUCUUCAAAGCAUCAGCAUUCCCACCAAACUACUAGGUAGUGCUUGUAGGGGUCAGGAUAUAGAAAGCACCAGUCAGCGGGUCUAUAAGCAGGCGGUCUUUGAUUUGACAAAAGAGAUUUUUGGAGAAAUAUUUGCUGAGGACCCCAAUCUGAAUCAGCCUAUCUGGAUGAAACCAUGUAGGAUGAACUCCAGUUACUUCCGGAGAGUAAAAAAUCCAAGUGACCUUGAUGAAAUCAAGAACUUCAUAGCUACUGAAGUACUUAAGCUAUUCAGCCUUAAAAAGGAACCAAACUAUAAAACAGAUUGGCAGAAAAUGAUGAAAUUUGGACGGAAGAAGAGAGACCGAGUUGAUCACAUUCUGGUACAAGAGCUCCAUGAGGAGGAGGCUCAGUGGGUGAACUAUGAUGAAGAUGAACUCUGCGUAAAGAUGCAGCUAGCUGACGGGAUUUUUGAGACCUUAAUCAGGGAUACAAUUGAUGUUCUGAACCAGAUCAAUGAAAAACAGGGGAGAAUGCUGCUUGUGUGACACCUUCCAAAUAAACUGAAAACAUUGUGAUAA